AGUUUUCCUGUUCAGGACAGGAACUCCUGCUCGGCUGUCCGCCCUGAUCACAGCUACCAGAAGGCAGAUCACGAAAAAAAAUACGCCUGGAUAGUCUUGACUUCUCAAUCAUUUCAAAAACCAACUGCAAGAGGAUUUCACACCCCGACCGGCGGCUGCGGCCAUAAAUGGCGAUUUAGAAACUUAAAAGCCAACUUCUGCGGGAAAGAAAUAAUUCUUCGGAAUGGCCUCCACGGUGACCCUGGAGGACGCCCUCUCCAACGUGGACCUCCUGGAGGAGCUCCCUCUCCCCGACCAACAGCCCUGCAUCGAACCCCUGCCCUCCUCCCUCAUCUACCAGCCGAACUUCAACACCAACUUCGAGGACAGGAAUGCGUUUGUCACGGGCAUCGCUCGCUACAUCGAGCAAGCCACCGUUCACUCCAGCAUGAAUGAGAUGCUGGAGGAGGGCCAGGAGUAUGCGGUCAUGCUGUACACCUGGAGGAGCUGCUCCCGGGCCAUCCCACAGGUGAAGUGUAACGAGCAGCCCAACCGCGUGGAGAUCUACGAGAAGACCGUGGAGGUGCUGGAGCCAGAGGUCACCAAGCUCAUGAACUUCAUGUACUUCCAGCGUACGGCCAUAGACCGGUUCUGCGGGGAGGUCCGGAGGCUGUGCCACGCGGAGCGCCGUAAGGACUUUGUGUCUGAGGCGUACCUCCUCACGCUGGGGAAGUUCAUCAACAUGUUCGCCGUCCUGGACGAGCUCAAGAACAUGAAGUGCAGUGUGAAGAACGACCAUUCUGCCUACAAGCGGGCAGCCCAGUUCCUGAGGAAGAUGUCAGAGCCGUCGUCCAUCCAGGAGUCUCAGAACCUGUCCAUGUUCCUGGCCAACCACAACAAGAUCACCCAGUCUCUCCAGCAGCAGUUGGAGGUGAUCAACGGCUACGACGAGCUGCUCGCGGACAUCGUCAACCUGUGUGCCGAUUACUACGAGGACAAGAUGUACCUCACGCCCAAUGAGAAGCACACACUGCUCAAGGUCAUGGGCUUUGGCUUGUAUCUGAUUGACGGAUCCAACAGCAACAUCUACAAACUAGACGCCAAGAAGAGACUCAACCUCACCAAGAUCGACAAAUUCUUCAAGCAACUGCAGGUGGUGCCUCUGUUCGGGGACAUGCAGAUUGAGCUGUCCCGCUACAUCAAGACCAGCGCUCACUUUGAGGAGAACAAGUCCAGGUGGUCUUGUACGUCCCCCUCUAGCAGCCCCCAGUACAACAUCUGUGAGCAGAUGAUCCAGAUCCGGGAAGACCACAUGCGCUUCAUCUCUGAGCUGGCGCGCUACAGCAACAGCGAGGUGGUCACCGGGUCGGGGCGACAGGAGGCCCAGAAGACGGACUCUGAGUACAGGAAGCUGUUCGACCUGGCCCUGCAGGGCAUGCAGCUCCUCUCGCAGUGGAGCGCUCACGUCAUGGAAGUGUACUCGUGGAAGCUGGUCCAUCCCACGGAUAAGUACUCCAACAAGGAGUGUCCCGACAACGCCGAGGAGUACGAGAGAGCCACCAGAUACAACUACACCAGCGAGGAGAAGUUUGCCCUCGUAGAGGUGAUGGCGAUGAUCAAGGGGCUGCAGGUUCUGAUGGGCCGCAUGGAGAGCGUGUUCAACCACGCCAUCCGCCACACCAUCUACUCGGCCCUGCAGGACUUCGCCCAGGUCACCCUGAGGGACCCGCUGCGCCAGGCCAUCAAGAAGAAGAAGAACGUCAUCCAGAGUGUUCUGCAGGCCAUCAGGAAGACCAUCUGCGACUGGGAGACGGGUCGUGAGCCCCACAACGACCCGGCCCUCCGCGGGGAGAAGGACCCCAAGGGGGGCUUCGACAUCAAGGUCCCUCGCCGCGCGGUGGGCCCCUCCAGCACGCAGCUGUACAUGGUGAGGACGAUGCUGGAGUCUCUAGUCGCUGAUAAGAGCGGUUCGAAGAAGACCCUUCGUAGCGGCCUGGAAGGCCCCACCAUCCUGGACAUUGAGAGGUUCCACCGGGAGUCCUUCUUCUACACCCACCUGCUUAACUUCAGCGAGACCCUGCAGCAGUGCUGCGACCUGUCCCAGCUGUGGUUCAGGGAGUUCUUCCUGGAGCUGACCAUGGGCCGAAGGAUCCAGUUCCCCAUCGAGAUGUCCAUGCCCUGGAUCCUCACCGACCACAUCCUGGACACUAAGGAGUCCUCCAUGAUGGAAUAUGUGCUGUACCCGUUGGACUUGUACAACGACAGUGCCCACUACGCCCUCACCAAGUUCAAGAAGCAGUUCCUCUACGAUGAAAUCGAGGCAGAGGUCAACCUGUGUUUCGAUCAAUUUGUUUACAAACUGGCCGACCAGAUCUUCGCCUACUACAAGAUUCUAGCUGGAAGUCUGCUCCUGGACAAGAGGCUGAGGACUGACUGUAAGAACCAAGGAGCAAACAUCCCGUGGCCGGCUUCUAACCGCUACGAGACCCUACUGAAGCAACGCCACGUCCAGCUGCUGGGCCGCUCCAUCGACCUGAACCGCCUGCUCACCCAGCGGGUGUCCGCGGCGCUCUACAAGUCCCUGGAGCUCGCCAUCAACCGCUUCGAGAGCGAGGACCUCACCUCCAUCAUGGAACUGGAGGGUCUGCUGGACAUCAACCGCAUGACCCACAAGCUGCUGAGUAAGUUCCUGACGCUGGACUGCAUGGACGCCAUGUUCCGGGAGGCCAACCACAACGUGUCGGCGCCGUACGGCCGCAUCACGCUGCACGUCUUCUGGGAGCUCAACUACGACUUCCUGCCCAACUACUGCUACAAUGGAUCCACCAACCGGUUCGUCCGCACCAUCCUGCCCUUCUCCGCGGAUUUCCAGAGAGACAAGCCCCCCAACGCCCAACCCCAGUACCUGUAUGGGUCAAAGGCUCUGAACCUGGCCUACACCAGCAUCUACGGUUUCUACCGCAACUUCCUGGGCCCACCCCACAUCAAGGCCAUGUGCAGGUUGCUAGGCUACCAGGGCAUCGCCGUGGUGAUGGAGGAACUCCUCAAGGUGGUCAAGAGUCUGCUCCAGGGAACCAUCCUGCAGUACGUGAAGACCCUGAUGGAGGUGAUGCCCAAGAUCUGCCGCCUGCCCCGCCAUGAGUACGGCUCCCCAGGUAUCCUGGAGUUCUUCCACCACCAGCUGAAGGACAUCGUGGAGUACGCUGAGCUGAAGACCGUCUGCUUCCAGAACCUCCGGGAGGUGGGCAACGCCCUGCUCUUCUGCCUGCUCAGCGAGCAGAGUCUGUCCCAGGAGGAGGUUUGUGAUUUGUUGCAUGCGGCCCCAUUCCAGAACAUUCUGCCCAGGGUCCACGUUAAAGAGGGUGAACGUCUGGACGCCAAGAUGAAGCGCUUGGAGGCUAAAUACACGGCGCUGCACAUGGUUCCACUGAUAGAACGCCUGGGAACUCCACAGCAAAUCGCCAUCGCCCGCGAAGGCGACCUCCUGACCAAGGAGCGGCUGUGCUGCGGCCUGUCCAUGUUCGAGGUGAUCCUGACCCGCGUGCGCACCUUCCUGGAGGACACCAUCUGGCGCGGCCCACUGCCCAGCAACGGCGUGAUGCACAUCGACGAGUGCGUGGAGUUCCACCGGCUGUGGAGCGCCAUGCAGUUCGUCUACUGCAUCCCCGUGGGCGCGCACGAGUUCACCGUGGAGCAGUGCUUCGGAGAUGGCCUGCACUGGGCCGGCUGUAUGAUCAUAGCCCUGCUGGGUCAACAGAGACGCUUUGACAUCCUGGACUUCAGCUACCACCUUCUCAAGGUCCAGAAGCACGACGGAAAGGACGACAUCAUCAAAAGCGUGCCCCUGAAGAAGAUGGUGGACAGAAUCCGCAAGUUCCAGAUCAUCAACGACGAGAUCUUUGGCAUCCUCAACAAAUACCUGAAGUCUGGAGACGGAGAGAACAUGCCUGUGGAGCAUGUGCGCUGCUUCCAGCCCCCCAUCCACCAAUCACUGGCCAGCAACUGAGCCACCAAUCCACCAAUCGCUGGCCAGCACCUGAGCGACCACAUCCACUAAUAAACAAAUCGCUGGCCAGCAAUUGGUCCACAUCCACUAAUCAAACAAUCACCGGCCAGCCAAUGUGUUUCCACAUUCAAUCACUGCUCAACAACUGAGGGACCACAACCAAUCACUGGCGUCCAAUAGAUAUUCCACAUCCACCAGUAGAAAGCGGACCAGUAAAGCUUGUUCUAAUGGCAACAUCCUCUUUCCUGAGGAGCGACGGACCACCAGGAAGUAGGGUGACAUUAUGUAUGACUUUUUUUUUUGUAUUCACUCGUGCCUUAUUAAAAAUGACUAGCUAUAUAUUCUUUUGUUUUAUACAUGUUGGGGAGGCAGAUAAGGGGGUACUUUUAUCAAAUAUUUAAGGGUUUGCCGUGGUGGGAGUUGGAUUGGUAAAGGUAUAGGGUGACCUGUUUUUAGUGGGGGAUGAACGUAAAUUGUAUUUUCUAUAUUGCUAAAAAUUGCAUGCUGAACUUAACAUUUUAAAAUGAGCCUGAUAACCGCAUUCGUAGCCAGGGUCAGCAUUUAUUCACAGUGCCUUGUCUAAAGUGUUUUAUUAAUUUUAAAUUAAUAAAUAUGUAACAAAUCCA